UAGGCAAACAUAAAUAUACUUAUAACAUUCCUAUAAAUAGAUAUCUCGUAUGUUAAAAUACCCGGUAUCUAUAAAUAUACUAUAGAUACGAGAUACACCUACAAAUAGGUGAUAGUUCUUCCUCACUCCCAUAACGAUCCGGGCUGGUUAAGAACCUUCGACAGCUACUACGUCUCUUUAACUACCCAUAUUUUGAAUAAUAUGGCAGACCAGCUGAACAGACACCACGAUAUGUCCUUCAUUUGGGCAGAAAUAUCUUUCUUUGCAAAAUGGUGGGACAGUUUGAAAGGUCGGCCCGAAGUAAUGAAACAAAUUAAGGAAAUCCUUCACAGAAAGCAAUUGGAAUUUGGCACUGGAGGUUGGGUCAUGACAGACGAAGCAUCGGCUCAUUAUUAUUCUAUAAUUGACCAAUUAAUCGAAGGUCAUCAGUGGUUGAAAUUAACACUAAAUGUCACUCCAUCUAACGGUUGGUCAAUAGAUCCAUUCGGCCAUUCUGGAACCAUUCCCUAUCUUCUAAGAGAAUCCGGAAUCCGAAAUAUGGUUAUUCAAAGAACUCAUUACGCUUGGAAGCAGUAUUUGGCAGAAAAGAAUCAAUUAGAAUUUAUAUGGAAACAGAUCUCCGCAUCACCUUUGGCCGAUCUGAAAAAUACUCAAGAUAUCCUUUGCCAUAUGGCACCCUUUGAUCUUUAUAGUAUCAAACAUACUUGCGGCCCCGAUACUAAUGUUUGUUUACAAUUCGAUUUUCGGAAAAUCUUAGGAGAAUAUUCAGAAAGCAGAGCAUCCCAAAUCAAUGAGAAAAAUAUACAGGAAAGGGCCGAAUUGCUCUUAGGACAAUAUGGCCGAAUUGGAUCUUUGUUUCCUCAUAAUGUAGCACUAGUACCUCUGGGUGAUGAUUUUAGAUAUAAUUACGAUACCGAAUGGGACCAACAACAUAUUAACUAUCGAAAACUUUUUGAUUAUAUUAAUUCUAGAAAGGAUUGGUAUGCAAAAGUCGAUUUCGGCACGUUAAAUGAUUACUUUGAAGAAAUCAGGAAACGAUCAAAGAAGUUUUCUAGUCUUUCCGGGGAUUUCUUUCCUUACGGAGAUAUUUAUGCUGAUGGAAGGCCCUCGUAUUGGACUGGUUAUUUUACCACCCGACCUUACUGGAAACAUCUUUGUCGAGAGCUAGAACAUUGGCUACGAUCUGCAGAAAUACUGUAUACCCUCUCCCGCGCUUACGUAAGGCAGAGGGGAUAUACACAUCUCUUGCAAAAAUUAGAUCAAGACUAUAAAUAUCUAACAUUUGGAAGAGAUAAUUUAGGCCUUUUUCAACAUCACGAUGCAAUUACAGGUACAUCCAAAGAAGUAGUUAUGGCCGAUUAUGGAAAUCGACUAUAUCGAAGCUUGCAAGAAGUGUCGGGUGUCAUAUCACACUCGAUGCAGUAUCUUCUUUUUAAAAAUCUUCAGCAACAUUCGUUAAAACGACCACUUACCACAAAUCUAUACCCAGAUUUCGAACGAUCAUCGUUUGACUCACUACCAAAGAAAAUCCCUCUCCAUUUUUCCUCUUCUACUGGCAAAAAGUUGAUAUUAUAUAAUAGUGUAAGCCAAACACGACAAGAGGCCGUACGUGUGGUAGUCAAAUCACCGCACAUAAAAAUAUUAGAUCCAAAUAAUAAUCCAAUUAAAAUCCAGAUUAAUCCAAUAUGGAAUGGCACCGUUGAUAUAUUAAGCAAUUUAUACGAAGUAUGUUUCAUUGUGGAUCUUCCUCCUCUUUCUCUUAGCACGUAUACUAUAAUUGAAUCGAGAGAAUCUCAGGACGAUUUGUACAGAUCUACGGUUUCUGUAAUACUCAACGAUGCCACCUCCCAUCAUCUACGUCACUCGGUAUUCAAAUUUCAUAAUCCUGUUAACGAAGACAUAAUCUUGACGUCACCGUUCAUUUCUGCAACUUUCUCCAAGCAAACGGGUUUACUUUCUCACCUUAAACUAAUAGAGCCACGUAUUUAUACUAAAGUAAUAGCAUUUUUUCAAGCUUAUCAGUCACGAGAAUAUAGGAGUGGUGCCUACCUCUUUCAACCGGAUCCACAAGAUCCCAUAAAAAACAUAACCGGAAGAUUUCCUAUAAUAAGAGUGGUUCGUGGCCAUUUGGUAUCCGAAGUGACGGCAAUUUACUCAGGAUAUCUUUCUUUAACAGGAAGAGUCUAUCACACAAAAGGAGCCCUCGGAAUGGGCGUAGAAUUAGAAGCCACUUACGAUCUCUCGCAGCAAUCGAUUACCGAAAUAGAAAUGAUACUGAAGCUUCAAACUAACAUUGAAACAGAGCAUUCGUUUUACACCGAUGGAAAUGGUUACCAAAUGCUGAAGAGAAUUUAUAACUUCGAAAUACCGCUAGAAGGAAAUUAUUAUCCCGUAACUUCGGCAGUUUAUAUAGAAGAUUCCAAUAUGAGAUUUAACGUGCUCGUAUCUCAUGCACACGGUGUGACCCUCCCCGAAAAUGGCGUCCUCGAAAUUAUGCUCGACAGAAGAAUGAGAUACGACGAUAGUCGAGGGCUGGGCGAAGGUGUUAUGGAUAACAAGAAAACCAACGAAAAAUUCUGGAUGAUUUUAGAAUCUAGGGGUGAUAUAAUCUCAUCGGAUGACGUCCCAAAUUUAUCGUGGCUCUCUCACACGCUCUCUAAUACAUUAAUGUAUCCCGCUGUUUUAUUGGUUUCCGAUGAUUCCAAUUCGAAUAUUCGAAAUAGUUUAGUAUUCUUAGAGCAUCCAUUCACCAGCGAUAUGCAUCUUCUUAACUUCCGAACUCUUCCCGUUAGCCAUAACUUUUCUAUACCCUCUAAUAACAGUUUGCUUAUUUUACACAGGAAAGCGGUCACCUGUUACAUCGAUAAUCCCACAGCGAAACCACUAGAGAAAAAUGGCGGUAUUGUAAGCUCUUUUAAGGAAAUUCAAAUAUAUUCUAUACGUAAGACCUCCCUGACCGGCACGCAAGACGUUGAAACCAAUCAGAAAAUAGAAAGCAUCUCUUUAGAGCCCAUGGAUAUAGUGUCUUUUAAAGUUACUCUAUAAUUAAAACUGGACCGAAACGUAUUUAACAAUUGAAAUCAAACGAAUUUUCACCGCAAGGCACUAAAAAAAUAAGGGGUUCCGCUUGUAGACCCUGUAGCGAUUGGUGCUAAAUUGGAAAAAAUCGGGUAUUUUUGCCGUCCUGUUUCUCACUUCGGUGAGGAUAUUUACUUAGAUUGAUUUUUUCUUCUGUGAAGAACUUUUUGAUCUGGAAAAGUUGGCCCCUUAGAUAUAUUUUAAAGAAUUUCUUUAUUUAUGUACAAUUAAACAAGGGCUUAGUCACGCUCUUGAUUUCAAAAAAGGAGUAUUUUCUCAAACUAUCAAAGCCCUUUGAGAAGAAAAUAAAAUGAAGCCCAUCACUCGAAUUCACGGAGGGGAGGAGUAUUUAAGUCUAGUCUAUGUAUUAUCUUCGAAUUUUUGGAUGACAAAGUAUAUUAUUAUGAUCGACUUUUUUCUUUUUUUUUUGUUUAAUCUUUGCUCGUACAAAACAUUUUAAAAAAGGAAAUUGAACUGUUUAAAGGAUGUUUAUCAUUUCUAACAUUAAAACAGAUGCUUUCUUUGACGAAUUAACGAACAUACACGUUAUUUUAUAGGUGUACAUUUUAAUAUAUUUAAACAAUGCAUCGAUGUCGGAAUGUGUGAUAAACUGUUAGAGAAUUGUAGUGUUCCAGGACUAUAACUCAAGUGAAACUUCUAGUCGUUAAGAGG